CCUCCACCACACACUGCCCCUCUCCCUCGCCAUGGUGCUGCGGUCCGCGCCCGCCGCGUCGCACUAUGCCGACCUGUCCUUCGAGGACAUUCUCGAGGAGCUCAGCAGCCGCUUCAUCAUCAACCUGCCCGCCGAGGAGCUCAGCAGCAUCGAGCGCAUCUGCUUCCAGGUCGAGCAGGCCCACUGGUUCUACGAAGACUUCCUGCGCCCCCUCAACCCCUCGCUGCCCUCCCUGUCCCUGCGCCGCUUCUCGGCGCAGCUGCUGCACACGAGCGCACGCAGCGUGCCGCUGAUCCAGCGCUACGUCGCCGGCGCCGCGGGCGCCGCGGGCGAUGCGGCACUGCAGCUGGCGUUUGAGGAGUUCAUGCGCUACAAGACGCGCGUGCCCGUGUGCGGCGUCGUGCUCGUGAACCGCACGUGGGACAAGUGCCUGCUCGUCAAAGGCUGGAAGUCUUCCGCCGCCUGGGGCUUCCCCAAGGGCAAGAUCAACCAGAACGAAAGCGAGCGCGACUGUGCCGUGCGCGAGGUGCUGGAGGAGACGGGCUUUGACUGCGGCCACUUGCUGCCGAGCGAGAGCAGCGACUACAUGGACUUGACGAUGAGGGAACAGAGGAUACGCCUCUACAUCGUGCCCGGCGUGGAGGAGACGACCAAGUUUGAGACGUUGACGAGAAAGGAGAUCUCGAAAAUUGCAUGGUUCAAGCUGUCCGACCUGCCGACGUGGAAGAAGGACAAGCAGCCGGCCGCGGGGCUAGGCGGCAAGUUCUACAUGGUCUCUCCGUUUGUCGGGCGUCUGCGAGGCUGGGUCAGCGAGCAUCGCAAGCUGCCCUCUGGCACUGCCGCUGCGGCAGCUGCCGCAGGUUCGUCUCCACUGCCGGUGCACGCCAAGGCUGCGCCUGCGUCGUCGUCGCCGCCGAAACAGCUGGCGGCCAGCUCGUCGCAAGCGCGGCCGAAGACGCCGACUGCGCCAAAAGCACUGCGCGCACCGGCGGAUGCGCCUACGGGCCCGCGUGCAGAUCGCAUCAAGGCCAGAGCGGCCGACAACGCAGCACCGCAUCCGCAACCGCCCGCGCCGCUCUUCGCCGACACGUCUGCCCUGUUUCCCUUUUCCUCCGCCGCCGCCGCAGCGCCGCCUGCACCACCGCCAGUGGAGGCGCCGAGCGCGGCAGGCCUGCGUGCGCUGCUCGGCAUGGGCAGCAGCUCGUCUGCGUCUGCGUCUGAGCCUGCGCCGCUGCUGAACGCAGCGCGGGCGGGAGAUGAGGCGCAUCGACCGCGCGGCGAAGGACUCAAUGGCGUAGGGGCACAGAUGAUUGAUGAUGCAGGCGACGCUCGCAGUAGACAGCUGCUCGAAUUGUUGAGAGGUCCUGCGGCGCCGCUUGCCGAUGCAGCAGCGCACGAUGGCGCGCGAGCACAAGCCGAGGAACAGGCGCCAUUGGAUGAGAGGGAGCGUGGCACGGCCGCACUACUGGCGGCGCUCAACAUCGGUUCUGGCGCAGGCGAACGCAUCGUUGCGACCUCAUCGGCGACAGCAGGUCCCAGUCAAACGCGUCGUCGCCCUUCGCACAACCGCGAGCCAUCUGCGCUGCUCACGCUGCUUCGCGGCGACGCUGCGUCGGCUGGCGAUGCACUCGAGGGACGUCCGCUAGGCCUGGGCAACGCAGACUCCCCACUGCCUGCUCCGCGCGCGAAGAACACGGCGCAUGCGCAGAGCCUGCUCAAGCUCAUCAGUCCGGCGCACGGAAGCUUCUCGGUGCCUUCGUCUGCGGCGGCGCACGUCGACGAGGAACAUGCGAGCAGCUUCGCGGCACAGCAAGCGCAGCCGCAGCAACAGACAUACGGCGACAAGAACGAGGAUCGCUCCCGGCAACACGAGGCGCUACUGGCCGGUCUCUUGAACGCUCAAGCUCCUGCGCGCGCAGUGGAGGCACCGUCUGAUGCUCAAGCGCGUGAUCUGCUGGCGCUGCUCAGCGCAUCGGCGCCUGCGCCACCGCACGCUUCGUAUGUGUCGCCCACGCAUGCGCACGCACAUGCCGCGCACCCUCCAUCGUAUCCCGCGGCGGCGGCGCCGCAGUCGCAAGGACAGCUGCAAGGCUCGCAGCUACUCGCGACGCUCAAUGGCGCUCCAGGUCCGCAGAUGCAUGCUCAUCAGUCGCCGACGUCGGCUCAGCAUUACCAGCAGCAGCCUCAGCAGAUGCACAUGCCCAUGCACUCGCACGUGCACCACAUGCAGAUGCAGCAGAUGCAAAGCGCAGAAGCGGAGAUGCUGGCUCGCGCAGCAAGAGAGUAUCGUUUCCCGCCUUUGCCGCAAGCGCAACUUGCACAGCAGCAGCAGCAGCAGCAGCAGCCGCCGCCGCCGCCUCCAGUAAGAGUCCAGCCUGCUUCGCAGCCAUCAAGCCAAGGCGCAGCGCCGAACGGCCAGGGGCAGGGCGGUCUGCUGGCGCUCCUCAAUGCUCCUCGCAGUCCCGCCGCUGAAAGUCAAGCUCAGCAGCAGCAGGCACAGCCGCCAGGCUCGUCGCUGCACGCAUUCAGUGGCGCUGCGUCGCACUUGCACCUGGGCGCUUCUGUCGUCCCUCCUCCGUGGGCAACGGCGCCCUUCGGAGCAGCCGUGCCUCAUCUCCUCCCGCCGGGGUACGCAGCGCCGCCGCCGCAGGCAUUCUUCGGCCUUCCUUCGCCGCAGCAGCAACACUUGAUGCAGCAUCCUCUGCCGCCGCCGCCGCACUGGGUGCAGGCGCAGCUGAUGCGUGCGCAGCAGGGCGCACCGGCACCGGCACAGGCGCAGGCGCCUUACUAGGACACGCGCCGCCUCUGUUGCCUCUCUGUCGCGACACUACAUCAGGCAGCGUGGUCGUGCGCAAUGAGCAUGCGUCCUGAUGAAGAGAUUGCGAAAGUGACGUGAGCGUAUUGUACAGGAAGAGGC